AUGUUCGUGACAGCGGGUAAAAGACUUUUGGAGCUGGAUGACAGUGAAGUUUCAAGAGAAUCGCUUGUCUCGUUUUUAGGUGGCCAGCCUGGCGCCGGGAAAAGUCAAGUGAUUAGAGCACUCCAAGAGCCCGCGGCUUCCUGGAAUAGCUCUGAUGUUGUCGGUACGGUUUCCUUUCAAGGAGUUGCUGCUCAAUCGGUCAACGGCGAGACUAUACACAAGUUUUUCGGGUGGGGCUUACGCGGGUUUUCCAAGACACAACCUGUUUCGUUGGAGUUGCGAGAAAAAAUAAUUAAGCUCCGCCUUCUAAUUGUUGACGAAGUUUCUACUACCGAUGUGAAGUUCAUUGGUAUGAUCGACAGUUGCCUUCGACACAUUCGAAAUAAACCCGACCUCCUAUUCGGCGGAGUCGAUGUAUUGUUUGUUGGCGAUUGGCUGCAA